CCGGCUCUGCUGAAAGCUAUGAACUUCUCAGAUAGGUCAAUCCGAAAAUCAAGUCCCUGUCCUGUGACCCGAUACUAUUAUGCAGAAGAGUCGAGAAGAUGGACUGGAGUGCAUACGACCAAUUCGCCCAGAGUGAGGAGGAGACGCCGCAAAGAUGUAGACCUAUCGUCAUACGCGGGCGUUUAGGAAGUGGCCAAGACGUCCGCAGGUCAUCAGUCUCCGCCCUUCAAGAGUCCAGCCCAGGUGGAUCCACCAACUCUUUAAGAUCAACUGACUGACUUUGCUUGUGUAGUCUGCCUGUCUUCUGAAGCAGAAGUACAAUAUGGAAGAAGAAGAAAUAAGGUAUAAUUACUGCCCGGCCCACGAGGCGCAAAUAUGUGCGAGUUUCGCUUAUGUUGUGGCUAGAGGUAGAGCGAGGGAUUCUGCAAAACCCAAAGAAGCGCUAUAAACGAAUGACAGCGCAUAAGAUGAUAUAUCGAUCUGGUCGUGUGUUCCUUUGGCUCUCCGCU